GACAAUGGAGAAACCCAAUUCGUCACUUACACCAUCAAAACUAAGAUAAAACAAAGCAGCGUUGGGAGGACUUUGGCCCCGGUGGAGGCUCCACCCUCUGGGUUUCAACAGUCCCCUGAGUUCUUUGUGUUGGAGCCUCUGAGUUGCAGCCUGCUUCGAGGUUUCUGAUUUACGGACAGGCAGGAGCAGAGUAAAACCUGUGGAGCAUAACGAUCACCAUGCACGCCCAGGGCUGCUGCAGGAACAGACAGGAGAACAAGGGAAGGGAAGAACCAGUCGACUGUUCAUAGAGUUGAGGAGAGGCACAUGACGUUUCUCGCAAAGGAAUAAACAUUUCAACUGUCAAAGACACCUGGAAAAGACUGAAAACUUCACUCUUCACUUUAAUUUGGAUACUAAUACAGGUAUUUUGUGGAGUUGCUGUAUACUUUCUCUCGCAUUCUUCAGUAUUUCUGGACUGUUUUUCCUAGCCAAAUGAAAUGUACAUUUUCCCUGCACAUGAUUGGAUUAACAAGUCGAAUUUGACACAAGUUCAACAAUUGGAACAUUUACAGAGUGAAAAAGUUCUCCCAAAAAUUACCAGCCUGGCCUAAGAAUGUAUAAUAACACCCAACAAAAUUACAUGAAUUGCAACAAGAGUGAUGACUUCAAGUACCCUUUGUAUAGCUCAGUUUUCAGCCUGGUGUUUUUACUUGGACUUUUCUUCAACAUGGUGGCUGUAUAUAUUUUUGGCUGUACACUGAAGCUGCGGAAUGAGACCACGACAUACAUGAUAAACCUUGUGGUUUCAGACUCUCUCUUUGUCCUCAGCCUGCCUUUUCGGAUUGUUUACUUUAUUAAACGUGAGUGGCUAUUUGGAAGUGUACUCUGCAAGAUCUCUGUGGCCCUGUUCUACACCAACAUGUAUGGCAGCAUCCUCUUCCUCACCUGCAUCAGUGUUGACCGUUUCUUGGCCAUUGUGCACCCGUUCCGGUCCCAAGCAAUUCGUACAAAGAAGAAUGCCAAACUGGCCUGCUGUACAGUGUGGGUGAUGGUUCUUUCUGGAAGUAUACCCACUGGGUUCCUUUUGGAUACUACUUCACCCAAAAAUGCCAACUCCUCAAACUUCUGCUUUGAAAACUACUCCAAAAAACAAUGGAAGGCUGAGCUGUCCAAGGUGGUGGUGUUUAUUGAGACUGUGGGCUUCAUUAUCCCAUUGAUGGUCAAUGUCUUCUGCUCGGUCAUGGUGCUACGGACACUGAAGAAACCCAAAACAAUCAGCCGUGGAGGCAACCUCAACAAGACAAAAAUCUUGAGGAUGAUCAUCGUGCAUCUUCUCAUCUUCUGCUUCUGUUUCAUUCCCUACAAUAUUAAUCUCAUCUUCUAUGCCCUGGUCCGCUCCAGUGUCCUAAAGGGAUGCUACAUAGAAUAUGUGGUGAGAACCAUCUACCCCAUUGCUUUGUGCAUAGCAGUGACCAACUGCUGUUUUGAUCCAGUCAUUUACUACUUCACUUCAGAAACCAUUCAAAGCUCCAUCAAACGCAAGUCCACAGUAUGGCACAACGGUGCCAAACUAUUCGACAGACUACAGAUGGACAGCCAACAAAACAGUCCAAAUACAACACCCACAAUCCUUACCCUGAGGACUCUGAGACCCAAAAUGUUUGACAAUGAGUCUACAGUCUAAUGACAACUCUAUUAUGUGACAUGAUUAAUAAUUCAGUGAAUAUUGCUGGAGAAACUCAAUUUCUAUCAGAGGACGUAGGUGGAAGCUGAGUGGACUUGAAGAUCAUACCAAUACAUAAACACAAUGGUUACUAAGGAAUCAGUGUCUCAUCUACUGGACACCACAGAGACUUUAGACUGGGAGAGAUCCCUAUCCAGUCAAUAAAAGGGUGGAAUAGGUCAAAGAGGAAACAUUUGUAUGUUGCAGCAUAAAUACCCUUUAUCAAGGUGGCAAUUCACAGCACACAAGUUUGAAAACACUUUGUUCUAUUAAGGAAUGAGUUUAUAAUGUAUAUUAGUAGAAAUGACAGGUGUAUAUGCCAUAGUCAUGUGCAUGGUACUGAAAAUAACUAUCAGCUUUUGCACAUAAAACAAUAUAACAUGGAAUUGUAGUCUUAUUCCCCAGAGCAGAUUAUCCUAUGGGAAAAUUCUGCUGUGCCAAUGCUGAACUAGUAUUACAACUCUUUUUAUGUACUGUACUGUGCAGUUUCUAAGUAGUUGUGGCCUCACUAAGGCUUUUAAGCACUUUAUAGAGCAGCAUGUUCUAUAACAGCUUUUACCCCAUAUACUGAAAGCGAAUAAAAGAGUUAUUAAUGUAAAA